GGCAGCGCCCGCGCGCCCGCAUUCAGACUGGAGGAACGCGCACGCGGUACGCACGGGGGCUCGGGAUGGCGGCGGCAGCCACGGUGGCUGUGACGACCGGCCCGACGUCUGCGCCAGUGGCGGAAGAGGGCCCCGGUGGAGAGGCAGCGCAGGCGGCCACCCCUCCGCCGCAGGCCCCGGCAGCGUCAACCGGGCCCCGCUUGUCGCGGUUGCCCUUGGCGCGGGUGAAGGCGCUGGUGAAGGCGGACCCAGACGUGACACUCGCGGGCCAGGAAGCCAUCUUCAUCCUGGCUCGAGCCGCGGAACUGUUUGUGGAGACAAUUGCAAAAGAUGCCUACUUCUGUGCCCAACAAGGGAAAAGGAAAACUCUCCAGAGGAAAGACCUGGAUAAUGCAAUAGAAGCUGUGGAUGAAUUUGCUUUUCUAGAAGGCACUUUGGACUGAGCUGCAUGUGCUCUGCAGAUCCUGGAGUCUCUUCUUGAAAUCCUGUGUUCUUCCACCUGCACUUCAGCAGGCCUCAACUGUGUCUGAACACUGUCCUAAAUAGGCUGUUUCCUAGGAGAACACUUAUUCCAGGCCAUUCCUCUAUUUCCUGUUACUCUAUUGAUCUCUGAAAGGAUAUCAACCCAAGAAUGGGCUGCUCAACUCUUGGCUUUUCUUGGCGAGUUUCAUCACUGCCUGUGUCUGCCCAUAAUGAGGUUGGAUCCUCACCUGAUCCCUGCAGAGAAAGAGAGAUGAAGGAAUUUUUUUGGUAAAGAGGCCUUUUGAAAAAUGAAGUACAAAAUAAAGAUGUUUAAACCAA